GUCACUUCCGUCCUUCACCUCAGAGUAGGUGUACCUUUUACUCGCGCUUCGGCUGAAGCAGUCGGCGGAUGAAUUUUGGGCCAACGAGGCCGCCGUUGGAGGGGCGUGGUAACGCACCAGCGUUCUGGCCGAUGCAGUUCACGUGCGGGCAGCAGGGGAUCUUCUUGGAGCUACAAUGGCCCAGCCGGGGACUUUGAACCUCAAUAACGAGGUUGUGAAGAUGAGAAAAGAAGUGAAGAGAAUCCGAGUUUUGGUAAUCCGAAAACUUGUCAGGAGUGUUGGCAGACUGAAGUCAAAAAAGGGUACCAAAGAUGCACUGUUGAAAAACCAAAGACGAGCACAACGAUUGCUCGAAGAAAUUCAUGCCAUGAAGGAGUUGAAACCUGAUAUAGUAACUAAAUCUGCUCUUGGUGAUGAUAUCAACUUUGAAAAAACCUGCAAAAAGCCUGAUUCUACUGCAACUGAAAGAGCAGUUGCCAGACUAGCAGUGCACCCUCUUCUGAAGAAAAAAAUAGAUGUGCUAAAAGCUGCUGUCAAAGCCUUUAAAGAUGCAAGACAAAAUGUUGUUGAAGUUAAGUCAUCAAAGAAUGCUUCAGAAGAAAAUGAUUCCAAGGACACUUUGUGUUCAAACGACGAUGCCAGUAAGUUACAGCAUGAAGGAACUAUUAUCAGUGAGCAAAAAGAGAAAGAAGCCAAAAUAUUGGCAAAGAAACCAAUAAAUAAUUCAAAAGAAAAUAUAGCCAAGAUGGAACAUGGACCCAAAACAGUGGACAUUCCAAAUUCUCUAUCAAAGCCUUCUGAAAAAGAUUCUGCAGUACCCUCUGAACCCCAGAAGAUACCUGCUGACCCCAAAAUGAAAACAUUUAGUCAAACCAAAAAAGAGAAAGAGUCCAGUAGCUCACUUGGUGUUAACAGUGAUGGAGAAGAAUUACAUGAAGAAGAGAAGGAAUAUUUUGAUGAUAGCACAGAAGAAAGGUUUUACAAACAGUCUUCCAUGUCUGAGGAUAGUGAUAGUGGUGAUGACUUCUUCAUUGGGAAAGUCAAACGGACACGGAAGAAGGAAAGUAGUUGUCAUUUUUCAGUUAAGGAACAAAACCCCCCCAAAAAAUUGUUGCCUGAAGAAGAUAUACUUGAAACCCAUCAGGAUAUGAGAAGUGAUAAAAACAAGCCAUGUACAGAAGCAAGGAAGUUUGAAUCAGUGUUUUUCCAUUCUUUAUCUGGAUCUAAAAGCUCUGGAAGAAAUUACAGAGAACAGGCUCCAAGAAGCAAAACCCCAGAUUUUCAGCGAAUUGAACCUCAGAUCAAUAAUCAGCUUAAUAAGAGUGCACAAAGAGGAUCUGAAAAUACAAAACAGAAAUCACAGCUGCCUCUUCAUCCUUCAUGGGAAGCAAGCCGGAGGCGAAAAGAACAGCAAUCCAAAAUUGCUGUGUUUCAGGGGAAAAAAAUUACCUUUGAUGAUUGAUUAGUACUAUUUUUUUGUGAACUUCUCUAUCUAAAAUUUGUUUUUCUUUUUUUAACCUUUCUUCUUUUUUUUUAACCAGCCCAUUAUUUAAAUAUGUAUUUGAAGAAGUCUCUUUGAGUUUGGUUUUGUCUUUUUUUUUUUUUAAGUGUGUUCAAGUUAUGUUUAAGCUUCCACAAAUCAAGUGGAUACUUAAAUUAAUUUUAAAUAUGUCUAGACUAUUCCCUCUAUAAAAGAAUAUUGAGAUGUUGGCUGUCCCAGAUUUUCUCAUUUGUGCUAAUCAUGAAGCAUAUUUCACUAGUUUAGCUGUAUGUUUCUUUACUUUGAAAAUAAAUGUUGAGGUAUAUUUAAAAUAAUAAUGGAAAAAUAUGAGGAAAUUGUAGCUGUCUAAAAUAGAUCAUUUUUGCUGAAAAUUGUUCUUGUUAGCAAAACUAAGAUGGUAACUUUUAUUAUGGGUAUACAGAUAAUAAAUUAUAUAAGU